CUUGUCAAAGAAGAAGAGCAAUUAGAAGCAAAAUAAGAAAGCAUCUCUUGAAGUCUUGAACAUAUAUCUAGUUAUUACUCUUUCAAUCUACUUCAAAGCAGCCAGCAGCCACUUUGAACUUUGAAUGCAUGUGACUUUGAACUUUGUAUUCUUUUCAUUUCUUGAUCUUCUUCUCAUCAACUUUAUUUAUAUAAGUCACGUACCUUGAAAUAUAUAUAUUCUUAGAUACUUACACUUUGCAUGUAAUUAACAACAAGCAAUGUCGACAACCACCAACUCCGGCACCGGAAUAGUCAUAGGAACCGAGAUAAUCGUCGCCGGAGUCAUCUUCUUCUUCAUGUUAGUAGCUUUCGCCUUCUUUAUUUAUUUCUACACUAUAGGCAGACACCACCUCCGCGGCAGCAGCCACUCCGGUGAUGCUAUACCAACCACCACCUUGGAGCUAAGAACCAGCACAGGACUUGAAGAAGCAGUCAUCCAAUCCAUCCCUGUGGUUAGAUUUAGUUCGUCAGACGGAGUAGAGUGCGCCGUUUGUUUGUCGGAUAUCGGCGACGGCGAGAAGGCCCGGUUACUCCCACUGUGUAAGCAUGGGUUUCACUUGGUUUGCAUUGACGUGUGGCUGAGCUCGCACUCCACGUGUCCUCUUUGCCGCUGCGACAUCACUGGGAAGGUCGCCGGAGGGACAACGUCCGCUGAUAACCAGAGAUUACAAAGGGUUGAUGAGAUUCAGGUUGAAGUAAUUCCUGCUCUUGAUGAUGAAACGCCAUCAAUGGAUCAGGACGUGAUGAAUAGUAGCAAUAGGAAUAAGACUCCGGUGAGUUCUUCUCCAAGAUUGAGAUCUUUGACCAGACUCUGGAGUCAAGGGAAGAGAACCAUGGCCGUGGCUUCUUCUUCUUCUUCUUUGAGUACAAGAGAAGGUGACAUAGAAGACCAGGGAAUGCACAAUUGACGAUGAUGAUGCAUCAAUGCUUGAAAUUUGUGAGAUUUUUUUUUUUUAAUUAUAAUCUCAAAAGGU